AUGUUGAUGCCGAAGAAGGUCAAGCAUCGGAAGCAGCACCGGGGGCGCAUGGCCGGCAAGGCAUGGCGCGGCUCGACCGUUGCGUUCGGAGACUACGGCUUGAAGGCCCUCGAGGCCCACUGGAUCACCGAUCGCCAGAUUGAGGCUGCCCGUGUCGCGAUGACGCGCUUCAUCAAGCGCGGCGGCAAGAUCUGGGUGCGUGUGUUUCCGGACAAGCCGAUCACCAAGAAGCCCCAGGAGACCCGGAUGGGCAAGGGCAAGGGCGCGCCGGAGCAGUGGGUCGCGGUCGUGCGGCCUGGAAAGAUUUCUGUUCGAGAUGGAAGGCGUGAGUGCGGAGAUGGCGGAACGCGCGAUGCGUCUGGCGGCGGCCAAGCUGCCGAUACACACGAAGUUCGCUACCCGGUUCGGUGCGGCCCGCAGCGUAUGACGGACAUCAGCGAGCUGCGGGAGCUGGGCGUCGAGGAUCUCCGGCAGCGCAGGGGAGAGCUCGACGAUCAGGUGUUUCGCCUGCGUAUCCAGAAGUCGAUGGGACAGACGGAUGCCGCAAACAAGAUGCGGCAGUUGCGCCGCGAUCGGGCGCGCGUGAUGACGCUGCUGCGGGAGCGGGAGCUGGCGGACGCUGCGAAGAGUCGCUGA